AUGGGCUCCGAGCCGGCGCCCCAGACCUUUCAGGUCGUGUGGGGGCACAGCAGCGGGGAGCCCUUCGCAGUCCACAGCCUGCGCUCUGCCGCCGAUGCCGACCUCGUGCGCGACGUUCUGGACAUCAAGGAAGCUGUGAAUGCGGGGCAGCCGGUGGAGGCGCUGCAGCUGCGCAGCCCCUACGGGCCGCCCAACCUGGCCAUCGCUACUGGUGGUGGCAGUGCGGCGCGCGAUGCCAGCUUCCGCCAGCUGGUGGAGCAGCUGCAGGAGUGUGCCGUGCAGCUGGCAGCGGCGGCGGAGCACAAUGCGGCAGCAGUGGCAGUGGUCCUGGCCGCCGCUCCGCAGGCUGCCACCGCUACCGACGGCUGCGGCUGGAUGCCGCUGCAUCGCCUGGCGCAGACCCAAGCUUCAGUGCCGGCUGAGCAGACUGCGGCAGCGGUAAAGGCACUGGUGGAGGCGGCGCCGGCAACACUGACGGCAGGGGACCGGCUCGGCCGCACGCCGGCUCACUAUGCAGAAGAGUGCCAGAACGUGCCGGCACUGGAGGCACUGCUGGCGGUGCGCCCAGCCUCAGCCAUGACCCCAGACAACUAUGGUUGGAACCCGCUCCAGCGCGCGCUGCGUCGGCGGAACGCAGCAGCGCUGAUCCCUUUAGUGGAGGCGGUGGCUGCUGCCGCAGCGGCAGCCGGCGAAGACGGCUUGGUGCUGCUGCAGCGCACGGCACAGCACCAGAACGCAGCGCUGAUGCAGCCGGCUGUGGCAGCAACCGCGGCUGUGGAACGGCACGGCAAGGCGCUGCUGCACCUGGCGGCAGAGCGCCCCGGCGUGGCAGCUCUGCAGCUGCUGCUGGCGGCGGGCUGGGGGGACCCUUGCGCCGUGUCGAAUCAUCCUUCCCCCCAGGAAAGCGCUCGCCACACACCCCUGCACUGCGCGGUGCAGCACGGCAACGCACCAGCAGUGCAGCUGCUGGUGCGAGCGGCGCCGGCGACCACACUGGUGGCCGACAAGCACGGCAACACGCCGCUGCACCUGGCGGCCGCGCUGCCGCGUGCGGCUGUCACGGAGCUGCUCCUGGCUGCGGCACCCCAGGCGGCCACCUUGAGAGGCGGCGGGCACCUUGGGGAUGAGGCGGGCGCCGCGGAGACGCCGCUGGAGGUGGCGCUGCGGCACCGCCACCUAGCCGUCGCCCGACGCCUGCUUGGCUACUGCCCGCAGGCCGAAGAGCUGGCAGCGCUGGCGGCGGCGGGCCCAGCGGCGCAUCCGCUGUUUGCCGACUUCGUCAUCGCCCGGGUGCCGCUGAGCGAGGCGCAGUGGGCGCAGGUGCCGUCGCCCUGCCCGAGCCUGGGCCGAGCGCUGCCCGCGGCGUUCGCGCACUCGCCCGCCCAGGCGCGGCAGGUGGUGCGGCGCCUGGCGCCCGCCGACGCGCACCGGCUGCGCACCUUUGCGCUGGCGCUCGGCCGUGCACAGACGAUGCUCGGCAUUCAACUCCCUGACCUGGCUGUCCAGCGUGCCCUGUCCUUCUUUGCUGCCUGA